GCACGUUAUGCCCUUACAAGGGUUUCGUGCUGCUUUGCUAUAUUUUGCUUUCUGUGUGACUGUGCCGCAGUUGCUCCAGUCGCUCACCAUCCUCGUCCAUAAAAUAAUAUCUGUCAUAUCUUCUUCAAACAUUGGUCAGUAUUGACCGGACUGCUAUAUCAAGCUAAUUUCGAACCCGUCGUCCUAUUCAUGGUUAUUGCCAUCUCCACAGCAUAGGCUGCAUAGCGCUCAAGAAUACUCCGCUCCCUCUAUUCGCUCACCAUCCUGGCAUUUCCUCCACUUCCAUCCACAACUACUGACGAGCACUCCUGGCGGCUGCUCUAGAUGUCGAACGAGCAACAAACACACACCGUCCGAAUCACAGUCCUUGCCGCCAACUCCCUUGUGAAGCGAGAGGUUUUCAGUCUUCCAGACCCAUUCGCCGUCGUCUCCGUCGACACUGAUCAGACAUACACCACCAGUCCUGUGAAAAAGAGUCUGAGCCCAACUUGGAACCAGCACUUUGAUAUCACCGUUCGGCCAUCUUCCACUAUUAUAAUCCAGAUAUUCGACCAGAAGAGAUUCAGAAAGCGAGAUCAAGGUUUCCUAGGACUUGUUGAGCUUACUGGUCAAGAGGCGAUAGAGCACACGGCCAACAGUUACAGGCUUAUAACUCACGACCUUCGCCAAUCGUCUACUGGAUCAUCUGUCUACGGAAAGAUGUUAUUUUCGUUCUCGCUUCCGCCGAACACCCCAUCAGAUGCCGGGCAAAGCAAUCUAUUACCCAGUAUAUCAUCAAACCGGUCUCUGCGCCCCCGUCAGAGCACACCUAUGCUUCACCCCGAGUCCUCAACAAGGGUACCCGCUCUUCCCCGCGCCCCAUCUCUCGGUCCCCUUCUAAACCGCCGAGGUUCAACUUCCAACUCGGAGUCCCGAACCUCGUCAGAUAGCGCAACAACGAUAUCCAGGCCUCCUAUAGGUAUUGCACGUGAGGUUUCUCUCACGGGACAAUCUACCACCAGUACCAGUGGGGAUGACGAAGACGAAUUGCCCCUCCCUCGAGGAUGGGAGCGUCGUCUUGACGAACGAAGCGGUCGAGUUUAUUACGUUGACCACAAUAGAAGGAUGACCACAUGGGUACGACCCACAACCACACCUUCCACAUCACCUUCUAUCCGUGCUCCGUCAAUCUCCGUGACGCAGCCGCAUGUUCAGAAUCCCACCCGCAGCAGCGGUGGCUAUGUAGAUGUCCCUCUACCGGCAGGAUGGGAAGAGCGUCGGACACCAGAAGGACGUCCCUACUUUGUUGACCAUCAUACACGCCUGACGACAUGGAUAGACCCACGUACGGUACAGAUCGCUCCUUCCGCUAUCUCUGCGUCCACGAGCGCGAAUGCGAAUAUUGGUCCCCUUCCAUCUGGUUGGGAAAUGCGCCUUACCUCCACUGGCAGAGUAUAUUUUGUUGAUCACAAUACCCGCACUACGACCUGGGAUGAUCCAAGAUUACCCUCAAAUCUGGAUUCUAAUGCCCCUCAGUACAAACGUGAUUACAGAAGGAAGGUGAUCUACUUCCGCAGUCAACCCGCGAUGAACCUGAAGGAGGGCAAAUGCGAAUUGAAGCUGCGGAGAAGCCGAGUCUUGGAUGACAGCUUCGCCGCUGUCAUGCGGAUGAGUGGAAAUGAGCUGAAAAAGAGGCUCGUGAUCAAAUUUGAAGGAGAAGAUGGCUUGGACUACGGAGGUGUCUCAAGGGAGUGGUUCUUCCUGGUAUCUCAUGAAAUCUUCGACCCAUCCUAUGGCUUGUUCCAAUAUUCUGCACACGACAAUUACACCCUUCAGAUGAACUGGAUGUCGGGUGUCAAUCCUGAGCAUCUCACGUACUUCAAAUUUAUCGGGCGAUGUCUUGGGCUUGCUAUAUUCCACAGGCGGUUCCUCGAUGCCUACUUCGUGCCGAGUUUCUACAAGAUCAUCCUAGGGAAAAAGUCAACAUUGGCUGAUCUCGAAGGCGUCGAUGCCGACCUUCACCGUAGUCUAGUCUGGAUGCUAGAAAAUGACAUCACCGAUGUCUUAGACGAAACGUUCACUUCUACGGAAGACCGCUUUGGCGAGAUUGUGGAAGUCGAGCUGAAACCAGGAGGAGCUAAUGUACCCGUUACGGAAGAUAACAAGAAGGAGUACGUUGAAGCGGUUGUGGAAUACCGUACUAAGACAAGGGUCCGGGAACAAUCCCAAGCUUUCAUGCAAGGCUUCCAGGAGAUCAUACCUCGAGACUUGAUCGAACUUUUUGACGAACGAGAACUGGAGCUUCUCAUAGGAGGGAUGUCCGAGAUUGACACCGAUGACUGGAUUCAAUACACUGAUUAUCGCGGAUACGAAAAGACGGACAAAGUCAUCGAAUGGUUCUGGCAAUGCAUUCGUAGCUGGCCCCCAGAACGCAAAUCGCGCUUACUCCAGUUUGCAACGGGUACUUCCAGAGUGCCUGUCAAUGGCUUCAAGGAUUUACAAGGCUCGGAUGGGCCCCGGAGAUUCACCAUUGACAAGUCUGGUGAUCCAUCGCAACUCCCGAGAAGUCAUACGUGUUUCAAUAGGAUCGAGUUACCUCCUUACCAAGAUUACGAGAGCCUCGAAAAAAAAUUGACGUAUGCCAUCGAGGAAACGGAAGGAUUCGGUGUAGAAUGAGUCGUAUGCCUUGCUUCGAUUAUUCUUCAAAAUGUUGUACUUUUUACGAUGCACGUAUACUGAACUUUCCUUCGAUCUGCAUUCUCUCAUCGGUACCAGACAGACUUGCAGUGCUGACGACCAUCGGAUCGGGUGUAUCGAUGAGGCUGACGAAACCAACGAUGAGUCACCCGAUCCGCUCCCGCGACGCGCGUAGUCUUCGACGAAUUCGGAGCACAUUAUACCUGAACCAGUGAUCUGGUCUCUCCCAGAGGAAGGGUAUGUUAUGUCCAUCGUUACGGA